CAAAUACUCCACAAUGAAUCUUACAGCAGUGAACCGAAGUGAUGUCUGUCAGGAAUAUUCAUGUCCAGAGAGAUCAGUUUCUUUAUCUGUGUAUGUGAUUCUGUAUGUGGCCGCAGCAGCUGUGUCUCUGCUGACCGUGUUUGGAAACCUGCUGGUCAUCAUCUCUGUGAGUCACUUCAAGCAGCUCCACACACCUGCUAACAUCCUCAUCCUCUCUCUGGCUGUGUCUGAUCUACUGGUUGGAGUUUUUGUGAUGCCACUGCAUUUGUCUUGGGUUAUUGAGUCAUGCUGGAUCUCUGGACCAGUGAUGUGUUCUGCUUUAAAAGUUGUGAAUUUUCAAGCAACGAGUGUGUCUGUUCACACUGUGGCUCUGAUAGCAGUUGAUCGGUUUUUGGCUUUAAGUUCUCCUUUUUUUUACUCAGAGAAAAUCUCACCCACUGUGAUCUGCAUAGCAACUUUAUUUAACUGGUUGUUUUCACUCUUUUAUAACUUCACUCUUCUUUUUGUUAAUGGAAAUUUCACUGAUGUCACAUGUCCAGGAAUAUGUAUUGCUAUUAUAGAUGGAAUUUCAUCAUUCAUUGAUCUCAUUGUUGUGUUUCUUAUGCCAUGUUUACUUAUUAUAAUUUUAUACACUCAUGUUUUUGUCAUUGCUAAGAGACAUGCAACUGCUAUAAGAGCCCUUAAGGUUCAUAACAGCACAGAAACCUCCAAAAACAGAGUCAGUGACAAAUCAGAGAGAAAAGCUGCAAUACUGCUGGGGAUUCUAGUCAUAAUUUUUCUCCUGUGUUUACUGCCGUAUUAUAUUUGUUCUUUAGUGAUUCCAUACAGUGGUGAUGAUUUGUUUUAUGUCAGAGAUGUUACUGUCAUGCUUUUCUUUCUGAACUCCACCAUUAAUCCCAUAAUUUAUGCUUUAUUCUAUCCCUGGUUUCAGAAAAGUUUAAAAUUAAUUUUCACAUUUAAAGUGUUUAAUAAAGACUCAUCACUGAUGAAUGUGCUGUAAGUCACUAAUCAUAAGAGACAAUGAUUCCUAAUUUAUUCCUGAUUUUCCUAUAGCAAAUGAUUUUGUCUCAUACUAAACUUGACUGUGAAGAUGCAGAUAUUGUUGUUAAUCAUGCCAGUAUACUGUCUAACAUCGAUGAGGGGAAUUUUAUUUUCCUUUGUUAUUUGCAUAUCUAUUAUAUUUUGUGUUUUGUUUGUAAUGAGCAAUUAAGAACAAAUUUUUAAAACAAAAUUGUACAGUUCUCAUAAUGCCAUGAUAGCUAGACAUUGACAUUAGUAUCAUUAUGUAGACUUACAUGUUAAAUGUAAUGUAAUAAAUACUUAAUGUAUAAUACUUAGCUUAAUAAUAUUUAUUUUUAUUAAUGCAGAAAUGCAUUCAUAACAGACUGACAGUACUCUCAAUUUUAAUUCACACUCAAUCGUAAUAAAAAUAAAUAAAUAAAGACAGAGAAGAGGUAGGUAAAUAGAUAUUUUUCAGAUUAUGAAACCAAAAUCUUCCAAUAAAGAGUAUAAAUAUCUUGCUUUGGGACUUUUCAUUUACUCUUAAUGUCUCCAAAUACAUCCUCUUUAAACACUGCUAAAUGUGGGGGAGUUUUCAAAAAUGUACAUUUAUGAAUGAAAUAUUUUGACAGAAGCAACAAAUUAUUUAAUACAAUAUCUUUUUAUCCUUAAUUAACGAGCCAAAUUUUAAGGAUCAGUUUUAUAGGUCAUCUUUGGUAAAUCCAACAGAAUGCAUCAUUCCAGAAUGUUUGUACCAAAUUAGACAGAAAAAUCUUUUUUGCAGGAUAAAUGUGAUUCAGAAUUUUAAAAUGCACCUCUUUACAUUUAGGGGUGACAGAAUGUAAGAAAAUUGGUUCUAAUUUCAAACACAUUUUUCAUAUCAAAUUGAAAAAAUAUAUAAGAUCCCUCCCUGGUCCUGUAAAACAAAGUUCCAAUAAACAAUUACCAUAUGCUUUAGGGGCAACUUACAUUGUAUUUACCACAAAAUAUUCUCAUAACUUAAGAUACUCCCUAAGUUGUCCAUAAUAUGACCAUAUGCCUUUUUUCCACCAAAUCAUCAAUAAACAAAGAUUUUCUAUUCACCAAAAUACACCUUUUAUUCCAGAUGGACAUGUUAUGUGGGCUAAUAUUUAUAAUGUUGGAAAUAUUUAGUUGGAGCAUUUAAUGGCGCAGAGUUUGACACAUCCGGUUCCACACGUCAAUAGCCAAAACUUCACCGGAAGCUCCAACCUAGCAGAGGGCGCCAUCUCUUUCGUACUGCCCACAAACAUCAGUGAUCUAAAACCAGUGGGAUGUUUCAAGUCUGUGUUAUUAAAGUAUUAACCAAUAGUGGGCGCUCUGUGGCUCAAAAAGUUGAGUCCUACAGUGAAUAGCAUUCAAAUCUCAUGUUUUUGUGGGUGUUUGCAUACUAAAAAUGAUCAUCCUGACUUCAAGAAUUGGUAUCUGGAAUAAAAGGUAAAACCCACUCCAGGCAUCACUAUAAUACAAUUCAAUAAACUGAUGUGCUCUGUUAUCACAAACGACAUUUUCCAGUACUGAUGCUGCGCUGCUCAUCGCUAUAAAACUGCUGAGUUCCUGAUGUAAACAUUAUAUUUCACUUAUAUUUGCCGCGCUAAUAAGUACUUAUAAGUGAUUUACUCUCCGAUGUGGCAUCAUCUGUUUAUUUUGCGCUACUAGAGAAUUAUGGGAAAUGUAGUUUCGACGUACAAUUUUCCGCUCACUGACCAGGUAAACAUAUAACAAGUAUGCUUUGUUCUUAAUUAGCAUUACACAAAAUACGUAAUUAAUUAUCUCAUUGAUAUUUACUGAAUAGGAAAGUCUUAAAGAAAAGAAAUUAUAUUUUAAAACUGGAAAUAUUUACAUUAUCGUUCCAGAAGGACUUGAUCGAAUCACACCCCUUCGUUUAUAGCUACUUAUUUCUGUAAUUCUUUAAUUUAGUUUUGAAGCGUAUACUGUAUCGUUGUUCUCAUUAU